AUGCUUGAGAUCUUCAAGAACCCCCAGUUGCGGCACGACAUUGUCUUUGAUCCUCAUCUUCAGUUCCGCCCCAACUUUGAUGGUGAACGGGGUCUUGUCAAGAGAAGAGAAGCGGAUCGUUUCUGGCGUGAAGUGGGCAUUGAGCUGAAUAACCGACGAGCAACCCUUGCUGCCCGUCGUGAGGCCAGCAAUACCAUGCUUAGCCUUGCAGGCUUGCCAUCCUCGAGCUCAGCGAGUCGUUUAGUUCAACAACAAGCCCAACAAUUGUGUCCAUUGCCCAAGGCGGUCUUGUUGCCUCGGUUGAUUGACGAGCUUCGUGAAAUUUUAAUUUCACUAUUGCCUCCGACUCCACCAGCUCCAGCAACUUCUCCAGACGGCAAGCCUGACCCUCCUCCAAUCAAUCCUGAGCGUGUUCAGUUAAUGUCUACGUUAGACCCAGACCUGAUUAUCCAAGAGCUUGAUCAUGGAGUCUUGGAUGUACAUGCGCUGUUCCGGUUCCUGGGAGAUUGCUUGAAGGGUCAUUGUGCGCCAAUGCGAGAUGCCUUGGUUGAGUCCAUGGUCAACAUUGUCGUGGAUUUUGAUGAGAUUGUUCGUGGAAUUCGAAUGUGCUUCGAGAUCCUAGAAUGGAUGAAAUUGGAUAUUGCGAACCAUCAGCUACGUACCCUUCGACCUUGGCUACUCAAUAACUCUGUUGAUUUUGAACAAAAGUACUUUGCAGACCUUUUGACUCGAGGAGGAUCUUUUGAAAGAACGAUAAGCUGGUUCAAGCGCGCAUGGAUUCAAUGGGAAUCCGUUAAGCGAACAGUUAUUGGGCCACAGGUGACUAACAAUGAGACUUCAGCUCAGUCUAAUUUGGACUCUAGAAGAUCUAGUUUGGCUACUUCUACCACUGUUACUAUGAUUUUUGAUACUGAUCAUGGUAAUACUGGACAGGAACCCAAUACUGUAUCGUCAUCUGCUUCUACAAUCCUUGAUGACAAAAGACGGUCUGCCAUUAUCAGAGCAGAUAUUGGUGAGAACAUCUUGGACGGAGUUGUCAAUGAAGGCUUAUUGGAGAUGAUCCUACGUCCUCAUAGGGCGACUAAAACCAUGCCUGAAACAUUUGAGUUUGACCACUACAGGUUACUUUCAUUCCACAAUGAUUUUCAAGACCUCACCAUCUUGUGUAUUCUUCUGAUCCUUUUUCGACAAUUGGCUCAAAAUGCCUGGACUCAGCAGGAUCUUGUCGAAAUUAAAAAAGUCGUAUGGCUAUUGCUGACAGACGAGAAUGCUAAUUUUGGAGCAAAUACCAAUCCUGGACCGGGAGCACCUGCCGCCGCUGCUACAGGAGACUCUGACAAAUCCUCGCCGAGCGCCAGUAGUAGUGGUAUGAAAGACAUUGUGAUCCAAAUCGAGUUUGCCGCAAGGAAAGUUCGAGAGAGAAACAAGAGCACGACUACUCCCUCUACAGUAACAGCAGGAUCUGGAGUUGCAAGACCAUCCCAAUCUGUCGGAGUCCCAACACUGAUAGGAGUGCAACGUCGCAAUAGCCUUUCACUCGGGGCAGUGGCUGAUGCGAAGAAUGAUAAGAUAGCAUCGUCCACUCUAUCGGUACCGUUGAGCUCACUCGCAAUGUCUUCGUCUUUGACACCAAGCCCAUCUGCCUCGUCGUCAACUCUUACAAGUGGGCUCUCUGGCAAUGAUACUAAUCUCCUAGCUGCAUGGUUGGACAAUGCGCUUACCAAGACAUCAAUGCUUUAUCAAUUGAUUCAAAAGCGAUUGUUGAUCCAUUUCCGGCGUUGGCUUUAUUUGCAUUCUUGCUCAUCUAUGAUGGUGCUUUCGGCCUCAUGUGCUACGUUAGCCUCUGCCAUGUCCAUGUCCAAGGCAACCGGCUCGAGAGAUACAAUGAAGACGGUUGAAGAAGAUGAAGAGGAUGAGAACGGCAUGGAUGUUGGAAAGUCAAGCUCGAAUGAUUCUGUUAAGGAUCAGGAGAACAAAAAUGGCGAUGGCGAUUGUCAAUCGGCUGGGGCUGUGGUUAAAAACCAAUCCUCAGAAGCUUCAUCUCAGUCUGGCACCGCUUCGACUUUGACAGCGUCAACACUAGAACCAGCAUCAGCACAGGCACCGGCACCAUCGCAGGAUGCAGCGCCAGGAAUGUCGGCCGAAGAAGCCAAUAAGGCAGCAGCUGAGGCGCUUGCUGCAAAACUUAGUUUUAAUACGGUAGAGAUGGAGGCUCAUGGACUGACAGGGCUCGAGGAUGAGAUGAUUGCACUUUUGGAGAAGAUUAGGGCGGUUGCUGAGUUUAAUAAGAAGGUAUACGGGUCGUGGUAUCGGGAUCUUGUAAUGCAAGGUCGCGCAGAGAACUGGUUGGAGAAGGAUAUUAGAGUCUAA